CUUGCGCCUGCUUCUGCCCCUGCUGGCCCUGCCCCUGCCCCUUCUGUUGCACCAGGUGCGUCAGCACAGGUAGGGCAACGUUGCCUUCACCAUGCUGGACCACCACCUAUGCGAUAUGUCAAUUAUCUGGCGUACCAAGGGUACUCAGUAGAAAUCAUCGGUGGAAAGCAUUAUAAAACACCGGAAGGAGAGUUUGUGGAGUUGAAGAGCGGCACACAGUACAAGAUACAUGUCAAAAACUCCUAUGCCUAUGGUAAGGAUGCGUACGUACAUUAAGCCAAUAAAUACCAAUCCUAUAAUGCUGACGGUUUUUAUGGGUUAAUCCCGGUCCCGAACAUACGUUUUGAAGGAUGCCUUGCAGAAGCUUUAGAUUCUGAUCAAUAAUUAUCCGAACACCUGAUUAGUUAAAGAUAGUGGGAUAAAAACUGAACGUGAUACGGUAGAAAUAGUAUUGAGAUGACAGUGACGUUACCUUAGGCAGCGUGUUCACACUAUACCGAAUAACUUUCUCGCACCGACACCACAAAGCUGGCCGCUAUAUUACUAAUUUACAUACCUAUCCGAUAUGUGCCUUUCCACUCAGUUCAGAGAUCGGCGCGGCCCAAAUUCGCUCCGUUACAGAAAUCGCGCCGAAAUCACCGUUCUUAUGUGUGAAUAGAAACCCUAUCCGCAGUAUGGGUUUCGUGCCGGUGCAAAAGCUAUCCGGUAUAGAUGAACACAGCCUUAGGUUCACCAGGUGGCCAAAGUCUCGAAAAGUCAACUGUCGCAAAAUGAAUCGGCCAUAAAUGUUUUGAGGCUCUUAGGCCCAGUUCAGACGUCGUGCUUCUGCCGUGCCACACUAAAUUCAGGAAUCAAGUUCGACAAAAGCACGGCAGAAGCACGGCGUCUGAAUCAAACUUUUUAAUUAAGUUUGGCAAGCAAUUAAGUUCGACAAGCGCUGCCGUGCUACACGGCUCUGGCACGGCAGUGAUUCAAACGUCGUGCUUCUGCCGCGCUAAACAAAAUUCAUAAAUUAUAUUAAUGUAUUUUGGCGAGAUUGCGUUCCCACGGGGAGUUGGGAGAAGAAUUGUUACGAGGCAUCAGUAAACCCUGAAUUUGGUUCGACUCUAGCACGGCGUCUGAAUCAAAGUUGUUUUCCUGCCGUGCUACAGUAGAACCAAAUUACAAUGAAGUUCGGCACGGCAGAAGCACGACGUCUGAACUGGGUCUUAUAUAUUCUACUCACAGCUGAUAUUUACAAGCAAGGAGAGAUACAGCAAAAACACUGCCGCAUUCCAGAAGAGUUUUUAGAUUAAAUGAAAGCAGUUUGACGAUUUAAGCUUCGUCGACUGAUACAUUAAACUUGGUCCGCGCGAAUAGAGUACAUUCAGUAAUCUAUAAUUACAAUGAAAAGACCACAUCUACGGAUAUUUUUUUAAGGUUAACUUUAUGCUCGAUCUCUGUCCUUCGCAAAGGUUGCAACUUAGACAUAUCCAUAGAUGGCUAUGACGUUGGAGGCUGGGUUGUAUAUGGAGGAGAGGAGUUAACGAUAGAACGACCAGCUUACGAGGCUAAGAAGUUCACUUUCUAUCGCGUAAAAACCGCACCCAAAGAAGCUGGUAUUGAGUCUGACCGGGAUGAAAAUGGUCUCGUAAAGUGUGUGUUCACACCAGAAGCUUUCCUGGACAUCGCAGUUGCUAUUUCUGACUUACCUUAUCCACUGGAAGUGAAUAUUGCCCCAGAUGCAACAGUUGGUGAUUUGAAACGUCAAGUACAGAGUCAACUAAAUCUUGCCAGCGAUCCUGAUCAACUUCUUGUUCUGAAUGAUAAAGUCAAAUUGUCAAAUUCUUACCGUUUAAGGUCAGUAUGUAAUAAUUACGCAAAAUGCACACGAGGUGCCCUGUUACAACGACGAUAUCUAGCUAGUAGAAGCUGUGUAGUUUUUUAUCAGGGUAGAAACGGCUGCCGAAUGUCUGUCCACCCAGGUCCUGGAAAAUUAUUUUUUAAGCCAUCCUUUUUUGGCUGAGAAUUCGUUGCGUGUUUGGUAAAGCAACCAAAAACAGUUCACAUUUUUAUUUUGUUCGCAGUAUUAAAAGUAAUCAACUUUUUUAUAUUCUUGUUGGUUUUGUUGUUUUUAUUGUUUGUUUGUGCAUAAACAUGGUAAAUCAACCCAAAUACGUUCGGUAGAUUUAGAAAUUUAGCUGAAUUUGGAAGGGAUUUUUAAGAAUUUAUAUUUAGAAGAUUAAGACAUUUUGAUUUGGCUGUGUGAUGCUACAUUUAUAAAAGGUAUUAAGGUUUAACCUACGCUUGACAAUUAAAUAAUAGAAAACAUACAGAGUCGUCUGGUUCUAAAGUGUUUACCGUCGGAACCGAUACACAGAUUUCAAGUUCGUGUAAGUGAGGUAUCUUCUGCAGUGAUAAACGAAAAGAAGGACAAAAUGAAGGCAGUGACCAACUAUUGUUGCCCGUUUUAGGGAGGUGUACAUCCUAUAAGGAUGUCCUUUAAAAGAGAGUCGUGAUUCAGAUAGAACAUAACAAGGUCGAUAAAACCAUCUGGUAGCAGGCAAUCAUCGGGUAUGGUCAAGGGGUUGAAUUGUCUUGGAAUCAUGAUUGCCGAGAACUUGAAAUCCAGCCAGCAAUUAGAGCAGGAUUUGAAGUCGAGAACACCGCUUACUACUCGGUAGCCUGUCCCAGGCGUUCAGAUAUUGGGGAGCGGUGCGAAGUAAGAAGGACCGCGAAAAAAUAAAAGCGAGCGAGGAGGAGAGGUGCGAGAGGGAACCGCCUCUUUUUUCCCAGUCCCCCUCUACUUUUCAUCGCUUUCUUUACUUCGCACCGCUCUGCACUAUUUGAACGCUUGGAACAGGCUGACUACUCGGCUUCGCUACCUCUAGUAGGCGAGCGCGUUCUUGUCAUAGAUGGCAAGACCUUUAACCAAGGGUUAUCGAUCGGGCAGUUCCCAAGACUCUCUUGUUAAGUAUUAAUUUGGAUGUUUUAACAGUAAUUUUCUUAUUAUAUAUUAAUAUAGCUACUUGAUGAAAUCGCCUGGAGCCUUGAGAAACCUGAGAUUAAUUGAUGCCGAAUUGGAGAUAACAGUUGAGGCAUCGUCUAGUGAAAGAUUUCCGGUAAAGAUACGACCAAGCAAAGCGAAUGUCAGUGACUUGAUGGCAGUGAUAGAGGAGAAGCUUGGAAUUCCCGUAAAGGACCAGAAAGUCCACCACGGAGAAACCCAACUGUCAGACGAACGACAGAGAAGCCUUCCUUUGGAACUCAUUUGCAGUUUACAGCCAAGUGUAGAAGUGACUGUACCAGAAUACAUCACUAUAACUGUCGAGGACAUGGAAAGUGGCGAGGGUUGCAUAGUGAAGUUUGAUAAAGCAAAGACUCUAAAGGACCUUGUGGAUGAAAUACCACUGUACAAAAACAUGUCAGAAAAUGAAAAAGCGGCCGUUACAUUUUAUUUCAAAGGAGAAGGACUCUUUCCUUCCGAAAAUGACCAAUCCUUAUCAAGCCUUGGCUUUGGCAGUGGUUCCAAGAUAGAAAUGAAGAGGUGAGGGUAUUUAAUAUAGACACGGCGCUCAGUGAUAUUUAAGAGUCGCAAAAUACCACAGUUUACUUUCUUUACAUUGUGUUUUUCUUACUUCAGGCGAACAUCCAUAUGCGACCACCUCUCGUAAGCAACCACCUCCCAUAAAAGGCCACCUAUCCAAAGCUAGAACCAGUAAACGUCCCGCUACCUCUUGGCAUUUUGGGCGGUCUGUUAGGGGAGCCGGCGUCAACUGUAUUUUAUGAGCACAAUAAGGAAUAUGAUAAUAUCAGUUUUAUUUAUUUCUGAUAAAAUCGCUUCAAGUGAAUUAAAUAACUUGUUUCACUUAAUGUGUGGUGGUAAGAACCUAUUAAGAACCUAAUCAGCCUGAAUUGUGAAAAACUACCCUAUAAUGUAAAAACCUGUUCAGCCUGAGCUCGAAAAUUCUAGGUUCUUAUAUGUGGGCUUAUACUGUAUUAUAUUAUUUGGCGUUUGGUUUUUUUAUCAGUUUUUUUAGUUUACGCUUAACUAUUUCAAUUUUUCAUAGAUACUUGAACAGUUAAAUGUCAGUAAAGUGCUUCUGAUCUGUAUAUGUAAAUAGCGCUAUAGGAACAGUAAAUUAUUAUUAUUAUUAUUAAAGUUAACUUUGAAAAUCAUCGAGCGGCUAAGACACCUAAGAAUAGUUAAGUGACGUUUUAAAUUUGUACUUACAAAUUAAAGGAGAAGAAGUUCAUGUGAAAUGUCUGUCGUACGCAUUAGGUUUGUGAGAAGUUCCGAAAAAGUGAAAGAUGAUGAUGAUGAAAAAGAAGCCGAAGGGUCAUUGCUUCCCUUUAGGGAACACCCUGAGGAACAACUGAAGUGCGUUGUAUACAAAGUGAAAGGUAUAGGUUUUCCUAACAAAAAUAAUUCUUAUUUCUAUUGAAAAAAUAAAACAAUAAGAUCGCGUGGAUGGAGCGCCCGCCCGGUGUUUGGGAGGUCAUAGGUUCGAAUCCUGUCGGGGACUUAGAUUUUUUCUUUGUCCCACGCUCGUGACAUGCUGAUUAUUUCAUUUUCAAAUUGUUUUGUUUCACCGAGCUUAAAAUUUACUAUCUUUCAUUGUUUCACCACACAUUGCGACAUCGACAUUGCUGAUCGUAACUGUGUGCAGGACACGUGUCAAAUAUGAACCUAGUAUCCCAACUUUUGUCCAUGUUUGUAGUUUGCCUUUAUCUUGCUUACUAUGCACAGUUUUAGUGUCGAGAAUCAGUGAAUCGUAACCAUGACAGUAUGUAGUCUGCAAUGGACAUGCAAUGACAGCGGCAGAAAAUAGAACGUGCAUGGUUACUUUACUGCUUAGUGAUUUUACGUCACGGACGAGUUAGCGCUUGUUCCUUUGACAACAUGAAUAGACCCACGAAUACUUUUCCUAGGUUCAAGUCGACCAAUCAAAAAGCAAGACAUUCAUCGACCUAAAAAUUACUAGAAAAUCUGUCAAAGUAGAACAAUAAUCAAUAGUCAGCAGAACUGAAUUAUUUCGCCAGGAGACUUUAUUUUGAGCUCCCUUUUCUGUGGCUUAUAGCUUUUAAGUUGAUAGAACCGGCUGAAUAAUGAAAAAGACAAUCAACGUUGCUAAAGCGUUAUUAGUACGUUGCGAUAAAGCAAAGAAUAUCAGAGUUGGUUUUUAUGUUUUGUUGACGUUUAACAAUACUUUUAUCUUUCUCUCUUUUCUUUUUUUUAUUGUUACGUGGAUGAUCAAUAGCAAAUAAAACAAAGAAUAUUGUAGUUACUUUUAGUGUUAUGAUUAUGAUUAAACAUAAUUUCCUCUUGUUUUCUUUUCUUUAUUUAUGUCGAUGAUCAAUGAACACGACAGGAUCAAGGGGUAAGUAAUGCUUACAAGGAAUUCCAUUUUUUGGCUCUGUUAUGUGCUUCACUUGUGCAUCAGUCGAUGUAAACAAAUGGUAGCAACGUUGAAUUGUUAGUCUCUCCAUCUGUCUUGCGUACACUUUUUUAUUCAAUACUCAAGAGCACUUGGUUUUGCCAGUGGAUUUGUUAAUAGCCAUCAUUUCUGUGGUUGAUCGUUUUAAAACUUAAUAACGACUGAAAUAUAACAAAAAAACGUUGCUAAAUUGCUUAAACAUUAGUAAGCCUAAUGAGUACUUUGCCAUUAAACAAAGAAUAUCGGAGUUGCUGUAAUGUUUGUGUUGACGUUUUAUCAAGACAUUUACCUUUUUGUUCUUGUUUCUUUUCCGUUUUUGCUACUUUGAUGAUCAGCUCCUCCUAGAGAUCCUGAUCUAAACAUUAUGGGAAGGCCUGUUUUAAUAUGCUUUUAAGGGAUUAGUCGAUGUAAACUAAUUAGUGUAGUCUGUCUGUAGUGGACAGUUUUUUUAGUUUUUCCAGUAGAUUAUAUAUAUAUCUGUGGAUGGCAUUUAAUGCUCAAAAAAGACAUGAAUUACAACAAGAAAACGGAGGAGAGAGGGGGGUGUCUGAACACAGGCUACCAUAAAAGAGUACAUCCUUUUCGAAAUUUUCUUGUAGUUCUCCCUCCCCCGCCCUAUACAAAGUUCAAAGUGGGAAAAAAACUCUGGAAACAAGCGUCCAACGUUGUUUGUGGGAUGAGGGGAGGGGGAGGGUAUGUGUGAAUUGGAAAACGCCCCAAAAAUGUAGAAGUAUCCCAAGACGUUUAUCUAUGAUUGUAGUUUGCCUUCAUCAUUCUUACUACGCUCAGUUUUUGUGUCAAGAAUCAGUAAAUCGGAACCAGGACAGUAAAUAAAUUCUCACCGGGAGCCCCCACUCCCAAACGCCCCAAGGUUGGAAUGAAUUAUGGGAAGAGGCGAGCCCGGAGGCGGGAAGGAGCGGGAGAUAAGGCGCCAGAGUGUGCCAUCGCUGCAGGGAGGUGGGUGGGGCGACAAACUAGGUGUCUGGUGUCCGUUUUAACGAAGAGAGGAAUAAACAGCAUGAAACAGGCCAAUUUAUACUAAACUCACAAAUAUCAUUGCACAACGAGUUCCCUUGCGGAUCCACAGAUGCGCGGGAGUUCAAAUGUACGAGUUCCACGGGCGCAGGGACCGUUUGUGCGUGACGGCGGCUAGUGAGAAUAGUCAGGAGAACUAAAUUGUUUUGCUAGGGGAAUUUAUUUCGAGCUAUCUUUCUGUGGCUUAUAGCUUCUAAGUUGAUAGAGCGGGCUGAAUGAUAAAAAAGACAAAGAACGUUGCUAAAGCGUUAUUAGUACUUUGCGAUAAAGCAAAAUAUCAGAGUCGGUAUUAGUGGUUUGUUGACGUUUUAACAAUACUCACUUUUAUCUUUCUUUCUUUUCUCUCCGUCUUUUUAUAAUCUAUGAAUAUGGUAGGAAAAAGCAGUAAGUAAUGCCUUUUCCGUUUUCUCUUUUGUGCUUGUUGGCUCUGGGAAUGUUAAACAUAGAUGCUGAACAACUGACGAUUGUCUGCCUGUACUCUUACCUACAUUUUUAUUUUAUAGUGGAGAGUUUUUUUUUAAGUGGAUUAUAGAUCUCUUGUGUUAUUAAGCGUGUAUGCUAUCGGGUAUUGUUUUUUGUUUAAACAACAUUUUCAUAUCUGUUCCUUUUCUUUUGUUACGUUGAUGAUCAGAGUUAGGGGAAUUUAUUUCGAACUAUCGCAACAUGCGUCCAACGUUGUUUGUGGGGUGAGCGGAGGGGCAGGGGCAGGAUAUGUGUGAAUUGGAAAACGCCCGAGAAAUUCAAAAGUAUCCCAACUUUUGUCCAUGAUUGUAGUUUGCCUUUAUCUUCCUUACUAUGCACAGUUUUAGUGUCAAGAAUAAGUGAAUCAUCACCAGGACAGUAUGUAGUCCGCAAUGGACAUGCAAUGACAGCGGCAGAAAAUAAAACGUGCAUGGUUACUUUACUGCCUAGUGAUUUUACGUCGCGGACGGGUUAGCGCUUGUUCCUUCAAAUACUUUUCUUAGGUUGAAGUCGACGACUUAAAAACCAAGACAUUCAUCGACCUAAAAAUUACUAGAAAAUGUGUCAAACUAGAAAAAUAAUCAAUAGUCAGCAGAACCGAAUUGGUUUGCUAGGAGACUUUAUUUUGAGCUAUCUUUCUGUGGCUUGUAGCUUCUAAGUUGAUAGAGCGGGCUGAAUGAUAAAAAAGACAAUCAACGUUAAUAAAGCGUUAUUAGUACUUUGCGAUAAAGCAAAGAAUAUCAGAGUCGGUAUUAGUGGUUUGUUGACGUUUUAACAAUACUCACUUUUAUCUUUCUUUCUUUUCUCCGUCUUUUUAUAAUCUAUGAAUAUGGUGGCAGUUAAACAACGUAAGUAAUGCCUUUUCCGUUUUCUCUUUUGUGCUUGUUGCCUCGGGGAAUGUUAAACAUAGAUGCUGAACAACUGACGAUUGUCUGCCUGUACUCUUACCUACAUUUUUAUUUUAUAGUGGAGAGUUUUUUUUUAUAAGUGGAUUAUAGAUCUCUUGUGUUAUUAAGCGUGUAUGCUAAUAAAGCUCUAAAUUGGAAUACACUGCAUUGCUCGGGGAUAAAAUAGAAAUAAGUUUACAGUACUUUGCGACAGAGCAACGUAUAUCGGGUAUUGUUUUUUGUUUACACAACAUUUUCAUAUCUGUUCCUUUUCUUUUGUUACGUUGAUGAUCAGAGUUAGGGGAAUUUAUUUCGAGCUAUCUUUCUGUGGCUUAUAGCUUCUAAGUUUAUAGAGCGGGCUGAAUGAUAAAAAAGACAAAGAACAUUGCUAAAGCGUGUUUUUUUAGUACUUUGUGAAAAAGCAAAGAAUGUCAGAGUUGAUAUUAGUGGUUUGUUGACGUUUUUUAUCUUUUUUUCUUUUCUCUCCGCCUGUUUAUAAUCUAUGAAUAUGGUAGAAACCAACGGUAAGUAAUGCCUUUUCCGUUUUCUUUUUUGUGCUUGUUGCCUCUGAGAAUGUUAAAUAUAGAUGCUGAAAAACUGACCAUUGUCUGCCUGUGCUCUUAGCUACAUUUUGACUUAAUAGUGGGCAGUUUUUUUGCCAGUGUAUUAUUGAUCUCUUGUGUUAUUAAGCGUGUAUGUUAAUAAAGCCUAAAUUGGAAUACACUGCAUGGCUCGGGGAUAAAAUAGAAAUAAGUUUACAGAACUUUGCUAUAGAGCGACGUAUAUCGGGUAUUGUUUUCUGUUUAAACAAUAUUUUUAUUUCUUUUCCUUUUCUUUUGUUACGGAGGCGGGAAGGAGCGGGAGAUAAGGCGCCAGAGUGUGCCAUCGCUGCAGGGAGGUGGGUGGGGCGACAAACUAGGUGUCUGGUGUCCGUUUUAACGAAGAGAGGAAUAAACAGCAUGAAACAGGCCAAUUUAUACUAAACUCACAAAUAUCAUUGCACAACGAGUUCCCUUGCGGAUCCACAGAUGCGCGGGAGUUCAAAUGUACGAGUUCCACGGGCGCAGGGACCGUUUGUGCGUGACGGCGGCUAGUGAGAAUAGUCAGGAGAACUAAAUUGUUUUGCUAGGGGAAUUUAUUUCGAGCUAUCUUUCUGUGGCUUAUAGCUUCUAAGUUGAUAGAGCGGGCUGAAUGAUAAAAAAGACAAAGAACGUUGCUAAAGCGUUAUUAGUACUUUGCGAUAAAGCAAAAUAUCAGAGUCGGUAUUAGUGGUUUGUUGACGUUUUAACAAUACUCACUUUUAUCUUUCUUUCUUUUCUCUCCGUCUUUUUAUAAUCUAUGAAUAUGGUAGGAAAAAGCAGUAAGUAAUGCCUUUUCCGUUUUUUUCUCUUUUUGUGCUUGUUGGCUCUGGGAAUGUUAAACAUAGAUGCUGAACAACUGACGAUUGUCUGCCUGUACUCUUACCUACAUUUUUAUUUUAUAGUGGAGAGUUUUUUUUUAAGUGGAUUAUAGAUCUCUUGUGUUAUUAAGCGUGUAUGCUAUCGGGUAUUGUUUUUUGUUUAAACAACAUUUUCAUAUCUGUUCCUUUUCUUUUGUUACGUUGAUGAUCAGAGUUAGGGGAAUUUAUUUCGAACUAUCGCAACAUGCGUCCAACGUUGUUUGUGGGGUGAGCGGAGGGGCAGGGGCAGGAUAUGUGUGAAUUGGAAAACGCCCGAGAAAUUCAAAAGUAUCCCAACUUUUGUCCAUGAUUGUAGUUUGCCUUUAUCUUCCUUACUAUGCACAGUUUUAGUGUCAAGAAUAAGUGAAUCAUCACCAGGACAGUAUGUAGUCCGCAAUGGACAUGCAAUGACAGCGGCAGAAAAUAAAACGUGCAUGGUUACUUUACUGCUUAUGAUUUUACGUCACGGACGGGUUAGCGCUUGUUCCUUCAAAUACUUUUCUUAGGUUGAAGUCGACGACUUAAAAACCAAGACAUUCAUCGACCUAAAAAUUACUAGAAAAUGUGUCAAACUCAACAAUAAUCAAUAGUCAGCAGAACUGAAUUGGUUUGCUAGGAGACUUUAUUUUGAGCUCUCUUUUCUGUGGCUUAUAGCUUUUAAGUUGAUAGAGCGGGCUUAAUUAUGAAAAAGACAAUCAACGUUGCUAAAGCGUUAUUAGUACUUUGCGAUAAAGCAAAGAAUAUCAGAGUUGGUUUUAUGUUUUGUUGACGUUUAACAAUACUUUUGUCUUUCUCUCUUUUCUUUUUUUUAUUGUUGCGUGGAUGAUCAAUAGCACUUUGUCAAAUAAAGCAAAGAAUUAAAUUGGAGUUAAUACUUUUAGUGUUAUGAUGAUGAUUAAACAUAAUUUCCUCUUGUUUUCUUUUCUUUAUUUAUGUCGAUGAUCAAUGAACACGACAGGAUCACGGAGUAAGUAAUGCUUACAAGGAAUUUUUUUUUUGGCUCUGUUAUGUGCUUCACUGGUGUAUCAGUCCUUGUAAACAAAUGGCAGCAACGUUAAAUUGUUAGUCUCUGUAUCUAUAGUCUUGCGUACACUUUUUUAUUAAAUACUCAAGAGCACUUGGUUUUGCCGGUGGAUUUGUUAAUAGCCAUCAUUUCUGUGGUUGAUCGUUUUAAAACUUAAUAACGACUGAAAUAUAAAAAAAAAACUUUGCUAAAUUGCUUAAAAAUUAUUAAGCCUAAUGAGUACUUUGCCUUUAAACACAGAAUAUCGGAGUUGCUGUAAUGUUUGUGUUGACUUUUUAUCAAGACAUUUACCUUUCUUUCUUGUUUCUUUUUCGUUUUUGCUACUUUGAUGAUCAGAUUCUAUGGGUAAGUAAUACCUCCAGCAAUUUUUUGUAUGAUCUUUUUCUGAAAGCCUGUUUUAAUAUGCCUUUAAGGGAUUAGUCGAUGUAAACUAACUAGUGUAGUCUGUCUGUAGUGGACAGUUUUUUUAGUUUUGCCGGUAGAUUAUCUAUAUCUGUGGAUAGCAUUUAAUGCUCAAAAAAGACAUGAAUUACAAGAAGAAAACGUGCUUGGUUACUUUACUGCUUAGUGAUUUUACGUCACGGACGAGUUAGCGCUUGUUCCUUCAAAUACUUAAAAAAAAACAUGCGUCCAACGUUGUUUGUGGGGUGAGGGGAGGGGCAUGGUAUGUGUGAAUUGGAAAACGCCCCCAAAAUUCAAAAGUAUCCCAAGACUUUUAUCCAUGAUUGUAGUUUGCCUUCAUCCUCCUUACUAGGCUCAGUUUUCGUGCCAAGAAUCAGUGAAUCGGAACCAGGACAGUGAUAAAUUCUCACCGGGAGCCCCCACUGCCAAACGCCCCAAGGUUGGGAUGAAUUAUGGGAAGAGGCGAGCCCGGAGGCGGGAAGGAGCGGGAGAUAAGGCGCCAGCGUGUGCCAUCGCUGCGGGGAGGAGGGUGGGGGAACAAACUAGGUGUCUGGUGUCGGUUUUAACGAAGAGAGGAAUAAACAGCAUCAAAAAAGGCCAAUUUAUACUAAACUCACAAAUAUAUGCACAACAAAUUCCCACGCGGAUCCACAGAUGUGAGGUAAUUUAAAUGUACGGGUCCCACGGGCACAGGGAGCGUUUGUGCGUGACGGCCCCUAGUGAGAAUAGUCGGGAGAACUAAAUUGUUUUUGUUGGGGAAUUUAUUUCGAGGUAUCUUUCUGUGGCUUGUAGCUUCUAAGUUGAUAGAGCGGGCUGAAUGAUAAAAAAGACAAACAAAGUUGCUAAAGCAUUAUUAGUACUUUGCGAUAAAGCAAAGAAUAUCAGAGUCGGUAUUAGUGGUUUGUUGACGCUUUGACAAUACUCACUUUUAUCUUUUUUUCUUUUCUCUCCGCCUGUUUAUAAUCUAUGAAUUUGGUAGGAGUUGAAAGCGGUAAGUAAUGCCUUUUCCGUUCUCUCUUUUGUGCUUUUUGCCUCUGAGAAUGUUAAAUAUAGAUGCAGAAAAACUGACGAUUGUCUGCCGGUACUCUUAUCGACAUUUUCAUUCAAUAGUGGACAGUUUUUUUUGCCAGUGUAUUAUAGAUCUCUUGUGUUAUUAAGCUUGUAUGUUAAUAAAGCCUAAAUUGGAAUACACUGCAUUGAUAGGGGAUAAAAUAGAAAUACCGUAUUUAUUCGAAUAAGCGCCCAACCUCGAAUUAUUGCGCACCUCGAAUAAGCGCCCAUCCUAAAGGCAGAAAAAGUUAAUAAGCGCCCAGCCUCGAAUAAGCGCCCACCCCAACCCCUCCCCCUACCAAUCAAACUCAAUUAGCGCGCACCCCCACCCCACCUACUUGAGCGAUAAUGAGAUUGAAAUUGAAAUUGAAUAAGUACUAAUAAGAGACUUCCCCGAAGACGGAGUGUUCUUCCGAGUAUUUUACAGAAACUUUGCAUUGUUACUUCUUCGCGUUUUGUUACUGGCAUUUACUGUUUUGUUGCAAAAUAAAAAUACUACACUAAUUGCUGAAAAUGGUGAAAAUUUAAUAACCGCCCAGCCUCGAAUAAGCGCCCACUCUGAAGGUCCAAAAAUUUAAUAAGCACCCUGGGCGGUUAAUCGAAUAAAUACGGUAAGUUUACAGAACUUUGCUUUAGAGCAACGUAUAUCGGGUAUUGAUUUUUGCUUAAACAUCAUUUUCAUCUCUCGUGUCGAGUAUCAGAGUAUUAAAGGGACAGUGUCCCGAUUAUGCGCACGCGCGAGCGUCAUCUGUUUUUUCUUCAAAAGACAAUAGAACUGUCAUAUUGACUCGACAAGAUUUCCUUCCGGACCGCACCGCCGACAGAGAUUUGUUGUUUAUAUUCUCAAGUAAUAUUUUAGACUUUCAAAGAAGUCUUUCGUCUUAUAUAAAAAUUUGGCUCGCGGUUCGAGGACUUAUCGCGAUUUUAUCGCUAGCUGGGCCGCCUCGCGAUCCGAAAAUCUCGUUUCGCUCGCUUUAAAAUUUGAAACUCGUGUCAGAGGUCAGUUGUUCCAAGUCUAGUAAUAUCUGGCUGAUUUGUUCGCGUUCUAGCCUCAAACGUUUGAAAGACAUAAAUGAAAAUGCAAUCUCAACGCUAUGAAUCAUCAGAAAGGUUAGUCAAAAAUUAUAUUAUGAUUUCAUGGCGCUAGUUUUUCUAAACAUGUAGCGCCUGUUUGUUUGAUUUUGUCGGCCGUUAGGGAGAUUCAUUUAAAAAAGUUUACUUUAACGCGUCGUUGCAAAACAUUCUGCUUUACGAAGCUCCUCUCCACAAGAUCUCCUCAGUCACAUAAAUGUCUCAAUGGUUUCUUUCUUACAGUCUUUAUUGUUGCCGUUUCAUUUCUGCGUAUUCCUUUCACAAUUAUCCGAGCUUGUAUGGAAGCUAGCACAAGAAAUAAGCCUUCAAUCGGCAUCAAAGUGCUUCCAAUCUUUUGGUCCUCCGGCCAACGGCAAUAAAAGUAACGCCAAAAAAUCCAGAUUUUGCCCAAAUCGAAACUUAACAGGAACAAUAUAUAAUUGAUCUGUAAUCCUGAGAAGUUUUAGUGUCGUAUUGAACCCGGUCAAGUGCGAUGCAAACGGAUUUUUCAAGGUUCUCUUACUCUCCGCGCAUCUUUUGAUUUCGCGACAUCCUGUCCAAAAAUCAAAGUUUGGUGCAUGCGCAGUAACGGGAUACUGUUCCUUUAAGGGGUUCGAGUGCGACUUGUGUUAGAUUCAGGCCCUGCGCAUUCCUAUAUCCGGAUAUUUUUAAAUCCGCUAUUUUUUCUUUCCGGAUUUGACUAGGUGACUGAUUGCAUGACUAAAACAGUUUUUAUUUGUCAUAGUUAGAGCAUUUUAAAGUCAAUAAUAAGUAAACGUAUACGUAUAUAGUAUGUACGAUAUAUAUCGUAGCUAUUUCUUAAUUUAAUGUUUUUUUCCUAUUUUUCCAUUUAUUAUUAACAAUUAGAUUUGCAAAUUAGUAUUUUUCUCCUUCUUCUUUGUUCUAUUUUGUAAAUUAAAUCGGAAGAGCCACGUAGUGGAGAUUUAUAAAAAUACUGUACUGUACUUUCGUCCACCCGUAUUUCCGGAUUUGACUUUCGUCCACACGAAUCCGCUCUCCAUAGUGGAAAUUUUUGAAUACACUAUGAACCGGGAAUCGUGUGGACGCUAAAUUCGAAUAUGCCAAGGUAAGUUGUACCGUCAAUAUUGUAUUCAAGAUGGCCACCUCGACGCAUGCUCAGUUUCCAAUACUCCCAGAGGAGUCCUGCGUAACAGAAAUAAUCCUGAUAUGUGUCGGAUACGUGUGGACGGGCAAAUUAAAUUUGAAUCCGGAUACGUGUGGGAAAACCAAGGGUAGGAAAAAAAUGAGAAAUCCAAUUGGGAAGCGAGCUUGGGUCAUAAAUUUGGGUGGACACCGGCCCGACGAUUUUUAAGUGUGGCGACUUGAUAAUCUUACUUAGACCAUUUUUUGCGUUAUUUUAUUUUGGUUUCAUUUUUCAUGCUGUUGAUCAGAAUCGAGGAGACCUACUCAGGGUGAGUAAUGUUUUGUUACGGUCUUGUUUUUUGUCGUUUACUAAUUGUUGCGUCAGUAGAUGUGAAUAGAUGCUGCAGAUAUUUAGACAGUUUUUCUUUUUAACAUUUAGCGACUCCGCUCUGCCAGAUGUAAUCAUGACUGCCUGCGGAGCAACCUUAAACACUCAGGCAAACCUGCAUGUGUGGUCACCCAUGGGGAUGAUAUAUAGGGCUACAUAUAAUGAAAAUGAGUCAAAUGGGGAAUUGGCAGUUGCGUGUCAGGUUUUGGUAGUGCAGGCUUUAGUGUAUUAUGACUUCAAAAGGCAGCAAAGCCGUGCAAUGACUUUUGAUAAAGUAGCGGAAUUUUUUUUGCUUUAUAUAUUAAAAAGCUUCCCAUCGUCUCUAUGCACCUCAAUCUAAGAGACAGGCUUUUUUUGGACCCAGCUCAGCACCAGGGACACUGCAAGGUGCCGGUGUACUAAAGAUUAAAUUAAUAAGUAAAUAUGAGAACUGAUCUUAAAUCACUUCCACUAUGUCCACCUUACACUUAACGCCAUCUUUUGCUUCACUCGAUGUGAAGAGCCAUAGCCUGUGACUGGAGGAGGCCUAACCUCUCAGCUUCCUAUAGUUUCUGUUAGGUCUCCUCGCCACUAAUUUUCUACUUGAUGCCAUAUAUUUUUACAUUUCUGUUAUCGUGUGGCAAAUAAAUAAAUGAAUUAAUUAAUAAAAUAGUAAGAUUUAUAAAAAGGCUCACAACGGUCUGUACUGUCCGAGAACGAUUUUUUUUUCAUUAUUUUGUGGUGAUAGGUUUGAAUGAAGUUGUUAAUCCUGGUCGUGUCCUGCCGGAAAACGACCCAACGUGGAAAGCAGGAGGAACAACAUUACAAGGAUACAGCUCCCAGCACUUCACCACUGCUGACCCAAUCAAGGUUGAUUCUUCAAAGAAGGUUGAAUUGCUGUUGAGGCUUGUAGCAAGGUAA